AUGUGUGGCCGUACAUCAAACGGGAUUGCCGCGAGUGGGCACGUGCAGGCGCCAACGGGACAAUUUGAACUUUCAUCGAGUAGAUUUGAGGACGUACAUAUUGAUAUAGUGAUAAUACCAUUGUCAGAAGGAUAUCGGUAUUGCCUGACAUGCGUCGACAGAUUUUCUAGAUGGCCGGAAGCAAUUCCAAUUAGAGAUCAAGAAGCCUCCACCGUAGCGCGAGCCUUCUAUUCUAAUUGGAUUGCAAGAUUUGGUAUACCGCUGCGGCUAACGUCAGACCACGGAAGGCAGUUCGAGUCACGGAUAUUCAGUCAACUAAAUCAGCUGCUUGGAACGAGUCAUUACAAGACUACGGCAUACCAUCCCAAAGCCAAUGGGAUGGUUGAAAGAUUCCACCGCCAGCUCAAAGCAGCUAUUAGAUGCCAUAGCAGUAAAAGAUGGACAGAAAUAUUACCGACGGUUAUGUUAGGAAUUCGUGCAGCAUGGAAAGGGGAUCUACAAGCUACUGUUGCGGAAAUGGUAUAUGGCGAAGCCUUGCGAUUGCCUGGACCAAUGCUACACGUAACACCGACGAGUUAUUACGGCGAAAGAAACUUUAUGAAUGACCUGCGUAACCACAUGCAAAAGAUAUGCCCCACCAAUGGAACGCGACAUGGCCAGAAGAUAACGUUUGUCUUUAAAGAUUUAAUGACUGCGGAGAGCGUUUUCAUUCGAUGGCCCAAAGAGACCUCUGCAGAAUCCAUAUGA